AUGGUGGAGGUAGCGACGACGACGACGGCGACGACGACGGCAGCGAUGACAGCAAUAGCGACAACGACAACGACCGAUGAUGACGACGACGUCAAAAUUAUUUGGUAUCAACUUUUAAGGGAUGAACAAAUAACACAAUUAUCGCUUGUUUUGGGAGCUGUGCAACUAAUGCCGUCGAAAUCUGCAGAUCAGGUGGUACUUGAAAGGCGUCUAAGGCCAAUUUACGGUCGGGCAGGAUUCCUGCCGCUUUUGUGGGCAGCUAUUGAUUCCUGGAACAAUCGUAAAGCUAUUCAGGAGGCAGAUAAAGUACUUAAAAAACAUCCUCUCACGCACUGUGCAAAGGCCUUGAAGGCUUUAGCGCUUAUAAGGAUAGAUCGCUCUUCAGAGGCAUGGCCCCUAAUUGAGGAAAUCGAGGCAAAUCUUGAAGAACUUGACGAGGGUACAAUAGUAGUUACUUGUCAUAGUUUCAAAGAAGCUUUUACGCCUGAACGAAUCUGUUCUUUGUACGAGAGGAUCUGUGCAUCCCAACCAAAAAAUGAACGCAAUCUUACACAACUUUUCAUGAGUUACGUGAGGAUCAGGAAUUACCAGCUACAAAAGAAGACGGCGCUUUCUUUGUAUAAAGAGUUUCCUAGGAAUCCUUAUUAUUUUUGGAGUGUUAUGAGUGUGGUCAUGCAGGUAAAUCAUCAAAGCAAGUAUUUCUCAGCAUCUUUUGUAUGGAAAUUAAAUUUUAAAAUGUUACUCCACGUAUUACAAUCAUGCUCUGCAAGGUAUGUGUCAGGAAAUGGGAUUUUCGCCUUAAGCGACCCAGGUCUUGCUAAAACAAUGUAUUUGCCGUUGGCAGAAAAGAUGAUACGUAAAAUGAUUGAUUCCAACGCUAUUAAAGCGGAAGCAGAGUGUGACUUAUACGCACUGGUAUUGCAAAAGUCUGGAAAAUACGAAGAAUCCGCUAAUUUUUUAGAAAAUGAUCCUUUAUACAAACGCUAUAGUCAACAACCUAAGAACCUGCUUCUUUACCGGAUAUUGUAUCUGCAUAUGGUGGCAAAGAAUUAUUUGGUUGUUUUUGAGAAGUGUUAUCAGAUUAUUGAUGAAAUGGCUGAUGAUUGGCAUAUAUGGGAAGGGAUGCAGAAUGCUGCGUUUCAAAGGAUGCAGGAGGAGACUUGCACGAAGGAGGAAAAAGAGAUGCUCGUUGAAAGGAUGGUCGAAAAGGUAUCAUUUAUAAUUAAUAGUAAUAUAGUUUUUGAUGGAAAGCGACGACUACGCGGUCCCUAUAUUGCAAGGCUGGCGUUAUUAAUGAGGCUUUUAGAGAACCGUGUUAUUACGGCUGCUGAGUUAUCUACCCACGAACUGGGGGAUCCCGUGAAACUUUUACUAGAUUAUAUUCAUAUGUUUUACGCACUACCUUGUUGUUUUUGUGAUGUUAGUGUAUUUGUUACGCUUUUGAGCAAAGAGCAGAUUGCCACUUUUUUGGAGAAGGUACUGCAGUCGGUGAGUAUGGUGCGGAAAAAACACAUUGUCGCUGAUGAUGGCGGCGACGAGAAACUUAAAAAGCCUGAGCCUUUGAAAUGGUUUGAAAUAUUGUAUCAUCGAAUGCGGAGGGCAGUUGGUGAUCUUGAUCAUAUGCCUCCUCAAAGCAAAAGGUUGUUGGCUUCCGAAUUAACAAGACUUAUGGAAUCCAGUAAAGACUCCUCAUUGGCAUUUGCUGCUUAUGCCCAACUAAUAUCCUAUUUGUUUUGGGAUUUGUAUACUAAGCAUGGUAGUAACCGAUACCAGUGUGGACAAAAACUAUUUCUCGUUUUAGACGAUGCAUGUGCACUAUUCGAGAUGAUUCUUUUUUUGGAAUCUGUGCAGUCAGUUAGUCCUGAUUAUACUUGUCGUUUGAUGCUGUGUCGAGCGUAUGGUUUAAUUGGAGCAGUUAACCAAGUGCAAAGGCUCUUACAGUUGCUAGAUAUAAAAUAUGUACAAAGAGAUACUUUGGGUUAUUUUCUUUUCGGUUUGUUCGAGCAGUAUGGUCGUUAUAACGCCGCUAUCAUUUAUUACACUGAAUUGACGCUGUUUUUUGAUCAGUCAGAGAAAGAAAUAUCAGAAAGUGUUGUCACGGCAUACGAAAAUGGUUCUUUUUUGCAAAUACCUCGUUUGAUUGAAUUUCUUGACGCAAUUAAUCAUUCUCUUAUUGCUACCGGUGCGGAUAUAGAAAAUCGGGCCUUAAGUGCGUGUUUUGCAGUUGACAAAUCGCAACACAUUGUAGAGACUUUAUUUGGUGAUGAAGGACUUAUUGACUUUGGUGCUGUCCAAGAUAAUCGAGAUCUUUUCGCAAUUGUUUCUUUCGAAGGUGGUCAUAUACGAAGUGUUAUUGAAGAGGAGAAAUCAAAAUCUUUCCAAGAACAGCGUAAUAGUUAUGCUGACAAUGCCGUCAGAAUUAGUUCUUGUGACUCUGCUUACUUGAAGGUUGCAUGUCUAAAGCUGAAAAAUUUGCUUCUUCGUUGUGUUGCUGCUACAGGAAUCCAGGACAUUACUGCUGAGAAGUUCUCAGGUUUUCUAACGGAAUUGAAAGCACAAUACGAAUUUUGUAAGUCUCAGUAUGGAAGAAAUUACGAAGAAAGCAAAUUAAUGCAGUCGCCGCCUCCAGUUUAUAUUACGGAAUUCCUUUAUGGUGGGGAUUUAGAUCUGCUUAUAGUGCUUCUCACAACAGCGUCGGAUCUGUUAGAAUCUUCGUCUAAAAUUGAUGGGCACCAAGUUUACGGGUCUGUGGAUGAGGCGCUACGCAACUGCGUUCCGGAUGCUGGUUCAUUGGAAAAGACAGUUGCAGAAUUGGUAAAGUGUCCGAUAGAGUGGAAGAAAACCUUACAUUUCCAUAAUCUUCUCCGACAUUGUAGUAGGGUUGUCCAAACAUUAACCCUUGCUACCAUAACAUUGAAACUGUUGGGGUCGCUGGUGGAAAGACUUUACUGUGAUAUAGUUAAGCCUAAGAAAGGAUCUAAAAAAAAUUUAUGUUCAUCUUUCUUUGCCAAGAUAACUGAGUGUGUGCAGAAGGGUGCCAAUGAUAUUGGUAGUAUGCUUGGGGAAGCAGAAAAUUUAUUGAAAAAUCGUGGGCAAAUAUUUCCUGAGGUGGAUUUCGACGACGGCGAGGAAUUAAGUGAUUACUUAGUAAAACAAAAGCAGUUUGUUGAGGAUGGCAUCACAUGCAGAAAUUUAUUCCGAGAAUUCUUAAACCACCAUAUGUGUGAUCGUUAUGAGACUUUAGAUACAGAGAUAGUUGUUGAUCUUUUACUCAUAUUAAAUAGAGUUACUUUAGAACUAGUUGGAAAUAUGUUCUAUUCAGUUUUGGUCAUGGGGUAUGGAGCGUAUUUCGCACUUCUGUUUCUUGAAAAGUUGCUACCAAUGAUUCAACGAAGCUGGCUUUUAGAAUAA